UACAGAAAAGAACAGGAAGUGGGAAGCUGCACGGUUUGUUUACAUAAGUUUACUGACAACGAGUGUGAUCGUGUGAUCCUGUGUCAAAUUACGAGUAAUGGUCUGAAUAUCUUAGCUUACUGAAUUUAAAUGGACAGUGGUGGAAGUGUAGGAGGCGGAAGAAAAUCAGGCAGAGGAGGCAGAGGAAGGAGAGGAAAUCGUGGGGGAGAGGGCAGAGAUGUUCGCCUGUCUAAAUCCUUGUCCUAUGCUCUUCGCCAUGGAGCCAACAAGAUGGAUCUUCAAAUAAGUUCAGAUGGCUUCAUGUUUGUGGAGGAUCUCCUGGCUCACACGCAGUUCAGCUCAUACUCACUGGAAGACGUUGAAAGAGUUGUGGCCACAAAUGACAAGCAGCGCUUUAAACUUCAUCGGCUGGAGGACGGCCGGCUCCAAAUUCGAGCCAGUCAGGGGCAUUCAAUACAAGUAAUGGAUUUGGAGCUGAAACCGGUCCUGGCUGGUUCUCCAGACUGCCCCGCUGAGGCAGUUCAUGGCACCUACCUCCGCAAGUGGAGCUCCAUCCAGCAGCAGGGCCUGAGCCGCAUGAGGAGGACACACAUCCACCUGGCCCCCGGCCUGCCUGGGGAGGAAGGGGUCAUCAGCGGAAUGAGGGAAGACUGUGAUCUUGCUGUGUAUAUUGACGUUCCCAAAGCUCUUGCUGGCGGUAUUGAGUUUUUCUGGUCAGAUAACGGUGUGCUGCUGACUGCAGGGGACGAUGAGGGAAAACUAAUCCCUAAGUACUUCAUCCGUGCCUUAAGACUGAGACCUACAAGGAGUAUCAUACCACUGCAGUAGCAUCAUAGGAUACUGCUCUGUCAUUGGUCACAGCAAGACUCAUCAUGGUUUGUUUGAUUCUUAUCCCAGUUCCCUUGGUGACAUAUGUUGCUUAGCAGGAGCAUACUAGCAUCCAAUAAGCUUAUUUUCAUUAGCAAUAGGACAAUCCAUGGAGAAAUCAUCCUAAACGGACAAAGACUUUUGAUUUUUGUUUCAUCAUUCAAAGGAUCAGGGCAGGUUUAGGACAGUUUGGAAAUGUAACACUAGUUAAAAACAGAACUUUUUAAAUGUAUUUUGAAGACAUUUUAUAAGUGUGAUUUGUCCCUUGACUAAAUAUGGAUAAGCAGAGGAUACAGACACUGUGGUUUAAUCUAACGGACAGCUGUAACAGUCUUGUGAGAUAUGAACACACACACAGCAUGUUAGGCGAGAUAAAUGGUUAGAAGCUUCCUGUGGAAGAAACAGCAGAAAUUACCCCCAUAAGCUGCAACCAUGAGGAGUAAAGACAACACAGAAUGAAAAAUGAAUUGCUGUAUUUACUUGAAUAAAUGUUUAUUAGUGAAA